AUGAGUGAUUCAGUAUACUGCAACGGAGGCAAUUUUGUGGAAUAUCUGCAUGCUAACAAAAAUUCAAAACAAAAAGCUUACAAAUAUUUGGAUAAGGGGUACCUGGUUGAAUACCUCUGCAUUUCUUUUAUUGCAUUUGAUUUCUCCAGUGGAGUUCAGGAUCUAGAACCAUGGUGGCCUGUUAUUUAUAAAGAUGAACUAACAAAUGGAAUGCGAAGGAAGCUUAGCAGAGAGUGGAAUCAAAACCGUUCCAGAGCAAAAUAUGUUAGGCCUAGCCUGGAGCUCUUCAACAAUUCUUCUGAUACACAUCACGCCCAGGUUCCAGUCAUUGACUUGCACGGCUUGACUGUCCCACAUCUCAAGAAAAAGACAGUGGCAGAAAUUUCAAGCGCUGCAGAGAAGUGGGGUUUUUUCCAGAUCGUCAAUCAUGGAAUUCCAGAGUCUCUAUUGCUCGUGUACAAGCCAGACAUGAGCAAGUGGCCAAAACAACCUUCUGAUUUCACGUACUGUAGUUUAUAUUGUGUUGUUUAUAUGCAUGCGCUCUGUGGCGGCCUCGGAUUGGUUAAUGAAAAUGCAAUUGUGGAAGCGUUGGGCGGAGAGCAGAAGGAGAUUUAUCUGGGCAUAAACUACUAUCCACCCUGCCCUCACCCAGAACGGGUGUUGGGCGUCUCACCUCACUCUGACGUAGACGCCGUCACAAUUCUCCUUCACAACCAAACUUCAGGCCUGCAAAUUCGCAAGGACGAUGCAUGGCUUGAUGUUCCCUGCAUCCCGGGCGCUCUUGUUGUCAAUAUUGGUGAUCAAAUUGAGAUAUUGAGCAAUGGAAAAUACAAGAUUAUUGAGCAUAGGGGUUUUGUUCAUAAAAACCGCACAAGGAUGUCAUGGGCUAUGCACUGUACUCCACCACCUUGUGAUGUACUCAUCUCACCUCUGAAAGAAUUGAUAAAUGAAGAGAAUCCUCCAUUGUAUGCGGCAUCGUCUUUCUGA